AUGAGUGGAUAUAGCUUUGUUAGAAAGUUAGGAGAAGGAGAAUAAGGAUAGGUUGUUGAAGUUAUAAAUUAUAGUGAUUAGAGGAGUUAUGCUGCUAAAUAGAUUUCAUUAAAUUUAUUUUCAGAAAAGCUAUUCUAAAGAUUAUAAUAAUUAAAUCACCCAAACAUUGUUAAGGUGUUUUAAUAUGAAAUUAAUAACAACUCUGUAUAUUAUUUAAUGGAAUUAUUACAUGAAUAAUCGCUAUAUAAGUAUAUUCGAAAUCAUUAAUUGGAAUUGGAAGCAAUCUCAUUUUAUUCUGCAUAAGUCUUAUUGGCAUUGGAUUAUCUACACAAGAAUGAUAUUAUUUAUAGGGAUUUGAAAUCAGAAAAUCUAUUGCUUAUGAAAAAUGGAUAUCUAAAAUUAGUGGAUUUCGAUUUGAGUAAAUUGGUUAAGUAACCUUAAAAGACAACUACUUUAUGUGGAAGUCCAGGAUUUAUAGCUCCUGAGGCUAUUCAGGGAUAAGGUUAUAAUCAUAGUGUUGAUUAUUGGAGUUUUGGAGUGUUGUUGUAUGAGUUCUCAACUGGAGAAUUACCUUUUAAGGGUAAAACACCAUAUGAAGUAUACUAGUCUAUUUUGAAUGAUAAAGUCGAAUUUCCAUUUAGCAUUGACAAGUUUGUAUUGUUAUUAUUAUAAGGUCUUUGUAAUAAUUAAUUAAAUAAUUAUUGACUAAGAAUCCUUAGAACAGAAUGAAAAAAGUAAAGAACUUUGAAUAUAUUUUGGGUAAUUCAGAAUUGUAUUGUUCUUUAGAUUCAAAUGAUUUAUAUAAUUAAAAACUAUUAGCUCCAUAUUAUCCUUGA